AUGGCGACUUUUCUACGAUCCUAUUUUCCCAGUAAACCGACCUUUCUGGAAAAGGACGUACCUAGCCUCAGAGGAAAAGUAUUUAUCGUCACUGGAGGUACUGGAGGUGUAGGUCUGGAGUUGGCCAGGAUUCUAUAUCAUGCCAAUGCUGCCAAAGUUUAUCUUCUCUCGCGGUCUCCAGAAUCGGGGGAGAAAGCAAUCGAAUACAUCAUGAAUUCGGAGCCUCCGCUGGGAAUGAGACCACGCUCUUCCGAGCAAAGCGAAGCCCUUCGCUUUCUCAAGCUUGACUUGGCGGAUUUAUCUAGUGUCAAGGGGACAGCAGAAUCAUUUCUGAAGCUCGAAACACGUCUUGAUGUCGUCUGGCAUAACGCAGGAGUCAUGAUAGUUCCAGAAGGAAGUGUCAGUAAACAGGGCCACGAACUCACCUUUGCAACCAACGUUUUCGGCCCUUACUUGUUGCAACACCACCUUACUCCAAUAAUGCUUCAAACGGCUCGAGAUCCGGACACGCCAAAGGGCUCUGUUCGGGUGUGCUGGGCUGGCUCUGGAUCUGCGGUGGCGCCUCCGGGAGAAGACGGUAUAGUCUGGGAAGACUGGAAAUUGAGCCCUCCUGGAUUUCAGGGCUUCAAAGGCCGCACGAUGAGAUACACUCAAAGCAAGGCUGCAAACGCAAUUCUCGCGGCUGAGAUGGCAAAGGUACAUCCCGAUAUCAUCAGCUGCGCCUUCAAUCCGGGGGGAAUCAAGACAGACAUUGCCCGCCACGCUCCAUGGUACCUUCAGGCGUUUCAUAAUCUCAUGUCUUAUGCGCCGCGAUUUGGUGCACUGACAGAGCUUUACGCUGGCCUGUCGGACACGGUUGCCGAAAGAAAUGGGUGCUUUGUAGUUCCUUUUGGACACGUCGGCGGGACUGUCACAAAAGUGGAAGAAGGGAUUUCACAAAGGAAUUCUGGUGCAAAACUCUGGAAUCUAUGUAAUGAAAAAGUCAGAGACUUUUAUUAG